GUUCAUCUGCUGGAUAUCUUACGACCCCAGUGCCCUCAUCCAGUGCUGUCGUCCCAGUUGCACUUCGAUUUAUUAAUUGUUAUUGAUGCGUCCAAGUCUCCGCCGGUCCUGCGCUGCAUGCGCAAAGUCAAAGCACAGUUGCGACCUACGCACACCGCGGUGCUCACGUUGCAAUAAGCGCAAGAUCGAAUGCGUAUACGCAAAUCAACCACUGACAGCGUCGCUACCAUCUCCGAGCAGAGAAGCCCAGUCUGGAUUGGUCACGCGAUAUCCGGGUAGCCAUGGCCUUGUCGCCGGCCACAGUUUCGGGUCUUUAGAUCCAUUCGAAUCUUAUCCUCAAACGAAACUCUCGCGAGCACACGUCCAACGGCUCAUCCACAGUUUUCUCCAUAAGAUUGCAUUCCAAUAUUAUCCACUGGAUCUGGAUGCAAAUUCGAAUCCGUUUCUUGUCUCCUGGUGGCCACUCGCUUUGGGUGAUCCGGCGCUGUUCCAUGUCUCUUUGCAGACAGCAUGUCUUGACGAGGAGCGAAGUGCCCAGAAGGGCUUCGAAAGUUCGGAGAUACUCAUGGCGGACUCCGUCGUGCUACUUCGACACAAAAUUGAGGAUGCCGCUCUAGCCAUACAGGAUGGGACAAUUAAUACCGUGAUUACACUGGCAACAAUCGAGUUUGGCAAGGGGAAUAUCGAUGUAAGCCAAAUGCACAUCAGCGGGGUAAAACGGCUUGUCGACCUAAGAGGUGGUAUCAAUGCGAUCAGGCAAACUAGCCCACUUACUGCGAGAAUGGUUAGUUGGGUUUCGAUGCUCAUCAUGGGAAAACCCCAAUUUCCAGUACAGACCGAUGAUGGAAUCGGCAGUGGCAUCCCCCCGAUCCCUGAAUGGCAUUCAGAGAUGCCAGAUAUGCAGUGGCAUGAGACCGGCUUUGGAGAUAUCGAGAUCGACCUCGAUGUCGCUAUUGUUCUCGUGCGCUUGCGGGGCAUCUGUCUGCAAACCCGAGUAGCGCCAUUGCCGACAGCACGACUUCACGACCUCACAUGCUAUGUGAUACACCGUCUUUUACUUUCCGAUCCGGAAGAUAAACAUGAUCAGUUUUCUCCAGCGACUCAGGCCGUUCGUUAUGCGAUCAUACUCUACAUGCUCGUCACUCAUGGACCAACAUAUUAUCCGCACGAUGGAAUGCUGCACAUGAUUCUAUCAAAAUUUAGGGCAUCGCUUGAAGGAUUUAAGGAGACAAGUCGCAAUCAUGGCGCCCUAGAUGUAUGGCUGAUUGCUGUCGGCAUGGUGGUCGCUUCCAACACACCCCAUUACCAGUGGUUUGCCACUGAAGCACAAGCGAUUGCAAUGUCUCUCCAGCUCGUCCAAUGGCAUGAUAUUCUUCAACAUAUGCACAGCAUGAUUUGGAUUGAUACGCCGCAUGGUGAGGCUAUCUUUCGGCCACACUGGCUUGCUUUUCUACCGCGACCCGAGGGAGUGCCACCCUUUGAUAAUACCUGGACCCCAGCAUUUCACGACACGGACAAGAAACCAUGAAAAACGAGACCUGGCUAUUCAAACAUUGUGUCAGCAUCUACGGACAAUGCAAUCAGUAGUUCUAGGUUUUGAAUUCGCCAAACAGAGUAAUAUCACUACACUGCAUACGACAAGAAGAUCGCUGGCAGGAUCUUUGUUGGUUCGAUGUCGUACACAUACGACCAAAUUCGCAUCAUUUGGAAUCGAAGUGCUUCAAGACAUCACUACUGCGACCUCGAAAGCUCUACCAAAUGCCAAUUGAGGAUGGAGAGUAGGCUUUCACCACCACAACAUACGGAGAGUUUCAGCAACAAAAGACCACCAAACAGAACGACUAGAAUCUGGGAUUGGGACA